AUGGGAUCCGAUCACCGGGAUGAUCGGGCUCGCCCAGGCUCGGGGUCUGAGCCCAAGAUGCCAGACCUCCCAUCCAUUCACCCGUCUUUUAUCCAGGUAGCCAAGCCUUACAUCUUCGAGGAGACGAUCCAGGGUUGCAUUGAAGCGAUGGGAGUGAACCGGACACGUGAAGAAUCGCUCCGCUUACAGGGUGUUUCGUGGAUUGAUAACGUGCGGAAGGUGCUUCACCUACCUGUGCGGACAUUUAACACGGCCGUGAUGUACUACCACCGGUUCCGGUUGGUGCAUCCGGAUAAUGACUAUAACUUUACAGAUGCCGCAGCUGCGGCUCUAUUCACAGCAUGCAAGAUCGAAGACACACUGAAAAAAUCUCGGGAAAUUGUGUGUGCGGCCUACAACCUGAAGUUGUCCGCUUCAGAACAUUUAGUCCCGGAUGAUCCUUUAUUCGAAACACAAGCUCGUGGUGUCAUUGGACUUGAAAGGCUUAUGCUGGAAUCGUCGGGCUUUGACUUCCGUACUCGGCACCCUCAGAAGACUCUGGCCAAGCUGGCCCGGCGUUACAAUCUACCAAAGGACUCGGAAGUCUCCGAUCUAGCUUAUCGCAUUUCGCUGGAUCUGUAUCGAACGUUUGCACCGGUCAAACAGACCACGCCAACCAUGGCAUUCACGUGUCUCGAGCUUGCGGGCCGGCUCUUGGAUCAGCGGCUCCAGCCGGUGGAGUCUGGGGAGGACUAUACACAGUGGAAUACCAGCCGCGGAGAGGUCAUGGAAACCCUCCUUGACAUCUUAGAGCUCUACACUCACAACCGCGCUUCAACCUCGGUUGGCCCUCAUUUCCCACCAGACCGAUUCCUCACAGUACGCAUUCCACUUAACCAAGAAGUAAAAGAACACCAGAUCCCACGGCAUGCAACGCCCACAGACCGAUCGCACAAUGUGGGUGAAAGCCCCACGCAGAACGGCACUAGUGCCAAACCAACGGACGUGUCUCAACGCCCCCAUCACCCGCUGACGCCAAUUGCCGCCAAUGGUGACCGCCAUGGGACGAGUGAGCGUGGCCGGGAUGCGGCGGUGCGGUUUAUGCUGGAUCCGGCGUGUGCGGAAGAUGAGAAGAGGCGGGUGGCUGAGUAUUUCAAGGUGGAGAUAGAGGAAUAUGAGGUUGAGGAGUGA